AUGCCAAACAUCAGGUGGAAUGGGGAAACCAAAGAUACAAUGAUCCCUUUCCCCUCCCUGAAAAAAGAUGAAUGCCCUGCUGCAGCUGCUCUGGUCAAACCCAUUAUUGCCCCUACUCCUGUUCUAGCCUUGAACUCCAAAGGUCCAGGCCCCAUGGAUCUAGAUGGAAAAGGCUUUGCAAGCAUGCCUAUGUCAGGACAUGUGGCUAAUAUUGAAUGGUCCUGGGAAAGAUCAAAGGAGGAGAGUUGUAUUGAAGUUGUAUCUGAUAAAGAAGAGUUGGGAAAAGGGAAAGCCAAGGCCAAUUAA